AGGACCUAUCUGCAUAUUCGACCAAUAGGUAACAUAAAACCCCAGCAAAACCCCUAAAACGUAAUCUCAAAAUUUCUGCCAAGAACUCACACACACUUGGUUUAUUGAGUCGAAAUCGACAAAUCUUGACGUAAAUCUGAUGAUUCUUCAACGUUCGAUUCCGAUUUUCAGUUUCUGCAAAUUAACUUCAUUGUCGUCUCCCAAAUUCCUGUUCUUACCUUUCAGCUUAUCAUCAUCGACUUCCUGUUCACCACACACGUCUCGAUUCCACCACCGGCCGCGCGGCCGAAUUAGGACCUUUGUCACCGCCGUAUCCGUCAAUGAAAAGGAAAGCGAUACCUUCUUUGCCGAUGACACUGUUUCCUGGAGUUCCCUAGGGGUUGUUGAUAGACUUUCUCAAGCUCUUUCUAGAAUUGGCCUCAAUCGUCCUUCUCUGGUUCAGGCCGUGUCUUUGCCUCCUAUACUCCAUGGAAAUGAUGUUGUGGUUGCAGCUGAGACUGGCAGUGGCAAAACUCAUGGUUAUCUUGUUCCACUGUUCAAUAAACUAUGCACAACAACAAACGAUUCACUUGACACCGAUCAGCAACUGAAUCGGCCUCAUAUGUCUCUUGUUCUUUGCCCUAAUGUCAUGUUAUGUGAGCAAGUCGUUCGAAUGGCCAACUGUAUCUGCAAUGAUAAUGGUGAACCACUUCUUCGAGUUGCAGCUGUCUGUGGACGCCAGGGCUGGCCAGUUAAUGAACCCAACAUAAUCGUGUCAACACCUGCAGCUCUUCUGAAUUUCCUUCAUGCCAUUGAUCCAGAAAGAAGGCGUCGUGCUAAUUUCAUUCGUGAUGUUAAACAUGUGGUCUUUGAUGAAGCUGACAUGCUUCUAUGUGGGAGUUUCCAAAACCAAGUUAUUCGCCUCAUAAACAUGUUCCGUUUUGAUGAAAAACUCUUGUCACGUGCAAAAAAUUCUUCACCUGAAAAGCCAUUGGAUAUAGAAUCCGAAUCCAACAUGCUAUUCGAGUUAGAAAACCAUGAAGACAUGGAAGCUAACUCAAUCCAUGAAGUUGAUGAAGAAGAAGAAGAUAAAGAUGUUGGAAAUUCUUUAAAAGAAACAGAACCAAUUGUUAAAAAAAGAGACUGGAAAAGAUACAGAGAGAUAUACGAAAGAAGCAAACAAUACAUAUUUGUUGCAGCAACACUUCCCGAAAAUGGAAAAAGAACAGCUGGAGGUGAACUCAAACGAUUAUUUCCAGAAGCCACAUGGGUUAGUGGCCAUUAUCUUCAUCGACACAAUCCAAGAUUAGAGCAAAAGUGGAUUGAAGUUACAGUUGACACACAAGUGGAUGUACUUAUAGAUGCAAUCAAUCAUAAAUCCAAGACAUUAAAUUCCAACAAUGAAUUGAGUAGAACAAUGGUGUUUGCAAAUACAGUUGAAGCUGUUGAAGCUGUUGCUCAAGUUUUACAUGGAAAAGGCAUUGAAUGUUAUUGUUAUCACAGUGAAAGCUCUUUAGAAGAACGCACAAGAAAUUUGGUUGAUUUUAAAGAAAAAGGUGGUGUUUUUGUUUGCACUGAUGCUGCUGCACGUGGCACUGACAUUCCCAAUGUCUCACAUGUUAUACAGGCAGAAUUUGCAACAUCUGCUGUAGAUUUCUUACACAGGGUGGGUAGAACAGCUAGAGCGGGUCAACCGGGCCUGGUCACAAGCAUGUACAAUGAGUCAAAUCGGGAUCUUGUUUCUGCAGUUUGUCAAGCUGAGAACCUCUGUGAGCCUGUGGAAAAGGCAUUUAGUAGGAAACGAAGCUUCAGGAAGAAACUAAAGAAGCAAGGUAGGAUUGAAAGCAACACAGUGCACAUUCAAGAUAGAUUAGCAGUUUAAAACAUGAUGAAGCAUAAAACAUUCUGGUAUGUUUGCUAAAGAAACUGUCUUUUUAAUGUCUAAUUUUGUUUGUUCACAAUGUUUAGAUUAAUAGUUUCAUGAGUAAUAUUAUAUGUAUACAUAUUUUAAUGUGUAAUUAACACUUGAAACCAAUCAGUUACUUGAACCGUUUAUAAUUAAUGUCAGAUUUUGCAAUGCA